CUUGAGAGGGCGGAGCUAGGACUGGAGGUCACGCACUCACUCUUUCAAUGCAUGAUGUAACGUGGGUCUGUAUGUGUCAGACUGCGGAGCUGCUAUAUCUGCGUUGCACAUGGCUGCUCCUUCUGACCCAGCUCUGCCGGCGAAUCCCCUGAAUGCUGCGAGGCAGGUGUUUGGCCACGUCCGUUAUGAGAACCUGGUGGCCGGGCUGAGCGGCGGAGUCAUUUCCACUCUGGUGCUGCACCCGCUCGACUUGGUUAAGAUCCGAUUCGCAGUUAGCGAUGGCCUGGAGUUACGGCCCAAAUACAGAGGCAUCGUGCACUGUUUGGCCACAGUUUGGCAGCGAGAGGGGCUGCGGGGUCUGUACCAAGGAGUCACCCCGAAUAUGUGGGGAGCCGGAGCCUCUUGGGGCUUGUACUUCUUCUUCUAUAAUGCUGUUAAAGCCUACAAGAAAGAAGGGAGAGCAGAAGACCUGAGUGCUGUGGAGCACCUUUUAUCUGCUGCUGGUGCAGGAGCCUUAACUCUAUGCUUUACAAACCCAAUAUGGGUUACUAAGACCCGGCUGGUUCUGCAAUAUGAUGCUGGGAUUGACUCCUCAAAGCGUCAGUACCGAGGAAUGUUCCAUGCACUUGGCAAGAUUUACAGGAACGAGGGCAUACCUGGGCUCUACAAGGGGUUUGUCCCAGGCCUGCUAGGAACCUCCCACGGGGCUCUCCAAUUUAUGGCCUACGAGGAACUUAAGAUGGAGUACAAUAAGUAUCUAAACCGCCCCAGCGACACAAAACUGGGCACACUAGAAUAUAUCACAAUGGCAGCGCUCUCUAAAAUAUUUGCAGUCAGCACUACUUACCCUUACCAGGUGGUGCGUGCGAGGUUACAGGAUCAGCACAACAGAUAUACAGGUGUUCUAGAUGUGAUCAGCAGGACAUGGAGGAAAGAAGGAGUUCAAGGCUUUUAUAAAGGGAUUGUUCCUAACAUUAUACGAGUGACCCCUGCUUGCUGCAUCACUUUUGUGGUGUAUGAGAAAGUGUCUCACUUCCUACUCGACUUCAGGAAACACAGAGAUUGAGAGAAAUUUGUCAUCGGAUUGGGGAAAAAGAUUCCUCCCAAUGCUGGAAUACUGAAUACGGAUAAUCAUCCAAUAUGGAUAAAACCCAGAAUUCCCAAUGGACUUGUGGAGAAGGUAGUUCUCUAUUCAGGGAUCUGUUUUAAAAAUGCAGCCUUUUCUUUUAUUUAUAUAUUUUUAUUUGUGUUUAAGACGAUGAAUUGUUCAUAGAGCUUUGUUUUUUGGUUUUUUUUUUUAAUUUUUUGGCAAGAAUCCCAGUAAAGGGUACUGGGUAUUUUUAUUUAUCUCUGCUUGUAUUUUUACUUUGUGCACAACUUACAGUUUAUAAUUAAACUGACCGUGAAUAGUAAAAACCUCUAUUCUGCA